AAUUUAGUUUUUACUUUGUAACUUCCUGGUACUACUUCCAAUCCAAUGUCCGAUGGGGUAACCGAACAAGUAAAAAAGUUUCUGUUCAAGUCAAGAAAUAAUAGGACAGGAGAAAACGACUUAGAAUCUUUAGAAGUGUUCAUUCCUGAGCAGUUGCAAGCGAGUUAUAGUUUCUACACGUGGCCAUCAGCUCCAGUUCUAGCCUGGUUUCUUUGGGAACACCGUCGUGAACUGCCAGGAAAACAUAUAGUGGAACUUGGUUCAGGAACAGCCCUGCCAGGCAUUGUUGCUGCUAAGUGUGGAGCUGCUGUAACACUAACAGACAGUGCGAUUCUUCCAAAGAGUCUCCAGCACGUGAAACGGUGCUGUGAAGUGAAUAGCCUUCUUCCUAGUCAAGUCCGGGUGCUUGGACUUUCUUGGGGAUUAUUUCUAGGGAACAUCUUUACUUUAGGUCCAGUUGAUCUUAUUUUAGGAUCAGAUUGCUUUUAUGAACCAUCUAUCUUUGAAGAUAUUAUUGUUACGGUUGCAUUUCUGUUAGAAAAGAAUCCUCAGGCAAGGUUUCUUUGCACUUAUCAAGAGAGGAGUGCUGAUUGGUCAAUUGAACAUUUGCUUCAUAAGUGGCGACUACAGUGUGAACAAAUCCCACUCACUAAUUUGGGAACGGAAUCAGGAGUAGACAUUAAUGAGUUAAUGCAAGAUCACACAAUUCAUCUUCUAGAAAUAACGCACAUUUAAUUUCAUCUCCAUUUGAUUAAUACGUAAAACUUGGACAAGAUUUCAUUUUACAAGUAAUGGCUGCAAGGGCAAUUAAUAAGCUUUUUGUAGGCAACUUGCCAUGGACAAUUGGUAACCGUGAACUGAAGGCAUACUUCUC